AUGGACACGGACCAUCGUCUUACACCCCACCCAGUCCAGUACACCAGAAGAUGCGCAUCUUUGCGAGCUUCAGAGUGCGAGCCUCUCUUCAGUGGCACUGUACCUGGUCUCAUCCUGGAUACCCAGGAAAGGAAUAGUAGCAACUUUAUAAAUAUCGGUGGUAUGAAUGGACAACACAAGGUCACCUCUGAAAAUAGUGAGAUAAUUUCCUACUGGGGUUAUAUAUAUGCGGAAUAUGAGGUGGUGACUCAAGAUGGCUACAUCGUCCCAAUUUACAGAAUUCCACGGGGGAAGAAUGAGUCUGGUAAUUUAGUUCCAAAGCCUGCAGUGUAUUUGCAGCAUGGAUGGGCUCUCUCUGCUUCCAUUUGGCGGGUCAACCCUCCCAGCAGCAGCCUGGGUUUUUUUCUGGCAGAUGCUGGUUUCGAAGUGUGGCUGGGGAACAGCAGAGGUAAUACUUAUGCCAGGAAACAUGUGCACCUAGACCCAGAUUCUAAAGAAUUCUGGGCUUUUAGUUAUGAUCAACACAUAAAAUAUGAUCUUCCGGCUACCACUGACUUUGUUGUGAAUAUAACAGGACAGGAACAAAUUUACUAUGUGGGCCAUUCCCAGGGCACCCUUCUUGCCUUUGGAGCAUUUGCAAUAAAUCCUCAAUUGGCUCAGAAGAUCAAAAAAAUUUUUUUACUGGGUCCUGUUGCAACUGUGAAAUACAUAUCAGGACUUGUCCGCACGAUUGCAUACAUGGGAACAACCAUGACCAAGAAUGUGCACUGGAAGUGCACCCUGCCCUCUCUGGUGCGCUUUGAUGACACCCGUGCUGUGAUGCUCACAAUGGCUGUCAUCGGGCCUCUGUCCGUGGGCGUGGAGAGCACCCGUCGUGCCAACAUUUGGUCCAUCUGUGCUGCACAUUGGCAGCCACAUGAGCAGGCGCUACAAAGACGGUCUUCAAAAGCUUUUGUCCUCUUUGGAGAAAAAGACAUAUUUUGCAGUUCGGAUGCAAAAUAUUUGGUGCAGUUUUUGUGUCAGCGUAAGAUAAUUGGACCAGUUUGUAAUAAUUUACUUACUUUGCUAUUUGGAUAUAAUCCUAAAAAUAUCAAUGAGCCCACACCUCCACUGUAUAAGGUAAAGGACAUGAAGGUGCCAACUGCCAUGUGGCGUGGCGGCCGAGAUUUUCUGGCACAUCCAACUGACGUUAAAAAGUUGGAACCCAACAUCUCCAAUCUCGUUUAUCACAAGAAGAUUGCUGACUAUAGUCAUAUGGAUUUUGUGAUAGGUAUUCGAUGA